AGGCAUACUUAUUCCAGGCUUGGAAUUUCAGAGACCAGCAAUCUGCCUUUCUCUGCGCAAAGUGUCCGGAGAAAGCUGAAGCCCAGGGAUUGAGGCAGGAGGGACAGGCACACUUCCUCAGAGGACAAGACUCUCCUCCCGUUAACCAUUACCCAACUGCUUCCAAGCUUGCGUCUUGGAGGAGGCGGGACGUGGAGGGGUAGGUGGGAGGAUCAGCUGGUUUCCAUGGACCUUGUCCCUACACUGAGCACUGGGUCGCUGAUUCAACCAUGGAGGCAGCUGCAGGUAGGAAGCUGGGAGAAAUCCUCUGGAGGGGACUUUUGGGCAGAGGACAGAUUGAAAGGCGUUGGAACCAGAAUACAUUUGGCAAUGGGUCUUGUAGCCCUGGGGCAAGUAUACUGGAAGUCACGAGAGGAAAGGUGAGUGGGUACUUAUAUCUGCCUUCCUGGUCCACGCCCUGUACUGAUACGAUCAGAUUUCUGCGCCAAGGACCAAGGUGGGGAGGGGAAGUAAGGGAAGGGGAAAACCCUUUUGGAGCAGAACAGAGGUGAGCCCUGAACUUAGGGGUUCCCCUAAGUCCUUUCAGUUAACGACCAUGGAAGAGGAAUCUCAGGGGACAGAAUGUGCCUCUCCUCCCCUCACCCCUUCUUUGCCCAGCAGAUCCUCUGGACACCGCCUCCUUGACCCUGUAAGUGCCGUGUGCGAAGGGCUGGGGCAAGGAAAGGAGGGAAUUGAAGGUGGAGAAGCUCUUCAGUUGACAUUAAUGCCUCAACGUGAGCCCGGGAUCCAUGUCCAGAUAUCAGCUUUCUCCUAUCUAUGUCCCUUGCCUCCUUGCAGGAAGUUUGAGUUUAACCCAAAGCUGGGCAUUGAUAAUCCUGUUCUUUCCUUGGCUGAAGACCUCGACCCCUCUGAUCUCUGGAGCCUAGAACGGCCUCGCUUCUGUCUGCUGAGCAAAGAGGAGGGCAGGAGUUUUGGCUUCCACCUGCAGCAGGAGCGGGGCACGGUCGGGCAUGUAGUGUGCAGGGUGGAGCCAGGCACUUCUGCCCAGCGCCAGGGUCUUCGGGAAGGAGAUCGUAUCCUGGGGGUGAACAACCAUGUUGUGGAACAUGAAGACUAUUUGGUGGUGAUACGCCGCAUCCGGGCCAGCAGUCCGCGGGUGUUGCUAACGGUUUUGGCCCGGCACGUGCACGACGUGGCCCGAGCUCAGCAGGGGAACAACAACCACCUCUGUCCUACUCUUAGCCCGGGGGUCCGGCCCCGGCUGUGCCACAUAGUGAAAGAUGAGGGUGGCUUUGGCUUCAGUAUCACCCAAGGACGUCGGGGUCCUUUCUGGUUGGUGCUGAGUACUGGAGGGGCAGCGGAGCGGGCAGGGGUGCCCCCUGGGGCCCGACUGCUAGAAGUGAAUGGGGUCAGCGUGGAGAAGUUCACACAUAACCAACUCAACAGGAAGCUUUUUCAGAGUGGCAAGGAGGUGACCCUGCUGGUGGCAGGGCCAGAGGUGGAGGAACAGUGUCGCCAGCUGGGAAUGCCCCUGGCUGCACCCUUGGCAGAGGGCUGGGCACUGCCCAACAGACCCCGCUGUCUGCAUCUAGAGAAAGGGCCCCAGGGCUUCGGGUUCGUGCUCCGGGAGGAGAAGGGUCUUGAUGGUCAUCUCGGUCAGUUCCUGUGGGAGGUGGACCCAGGACUGCCAGCAGAGAAGGCCGGGAUGCAGGCUGGGGACCGGCUGGUGGCUGUGGCUGGGGAGAGCGUUGAGGGGCUGGGCCACGAGGAGACAGUGUCCAAGAUCCGGGCGCAAGGCUCCUGUGUCUCGCUUGUUGUGGUGGACCCCAAGGCUGACCGCUUCUUCAGCAUGGUUCGCUUGUCCCCACUCCUCUUCCUGGAGAGCACGGAGGCUCCUGACUCUCCCCAGGUCACCCUCUCAGCCUCUCUGACUGAGACCGAGGACCCACCAGUUGAAGAUACAAUGGUAGCCCCUGUCCCUUGCGGCUUCCGCCAGUGCUUCCUGUACCCUGGGCCUGGAGGUGGCUAUGGCUUCCGACUGAGCUGCGUGGCCAGUGGGCCUCAUCUCUUCAUCUCUCAGGUGACCCUAGGAGGCUCGGCUGCCCAGGCAGGGCUGCAGUUGGGAGACGUGAUUCUGGAAGUGAAUGGGUAUCCUGUGGGUGGAGAGAAUGACCUGGAAACGCUUCAGCAGCUGGCUGAGGCCGAGCCACCCCUACGCCUGAAGCUAGCAGCCAGGCCUCACCAGAGCUUGGAAGCCUGGAUUUCACCAAGGUCUGGAGAGGACUGGGCCCUAGACUCAGAUGUGCUAUAGCACUCCCGUGCCUGGCACAGAUUUGCCCAAGCUUUCCUGACUUCACUCUCUGGCCUGAGGUGGUAGGAGCUGAGAUGCUCUCUAUAAACCAGAAGUGGCAGCUCUAGGACUCUGGAAUCUUCCAGUCACAGGAUGGCCCAGGGUCUACCUCCCUUCCUAUGAGGGCCCACCCUCCCAGAAGAGGGUGUGGUUAGAGGUUGCAGGUGGGCCCAAUAGGGAGUCUCCUCUCUGAUUCCAGAGGGAGUCAUCUGGGAGCCUUGGGAACGGUUCUUCAAGGAGGAAGCUCUGUCUGAGAUGAGUGCUGUGAUUUUAUGAUUUAUAACAGGAAAUAUGUAUUUGGUUUUCAUACCCUUUCUUGGCACAGAGGUCCUAAAGCCCUUGGAAUUUCCUAAGUAAUAAAAAUGAUAAAGGUAUUUUCUGUUACUGUUAAUAAGCCCCUUCAACCACACCUACCUUUGUUAAUGAGGUGAAUUUGGAAAGCACUUAAGGAUGGGGCACUGGUUGCAGGGGAACCAAUCAUGUGUUUAGAAGGUUAGAACUUUCAGUUCCAUCCCUACCCCUACCCUCACCCUCCUGGGAGGGGAGAGGGGAUGGAGGGUGAAUGAAUCAUCAAUAAUCAAUGGAUUAAUCUAUAUAACGAGACCUCCACAGAAACCCGAAAGGACAGAUAUGGAGAGCUUUCCGGGUUGCUGAAUGCGUGGAGGUGCUGGGGGGUGGCUCACCUGGGGAGGUCAUGGAUCCUCCAAGCUCAUACCCUGCCCCGUGUAUCUCUUCCAUCUGGCUGUUCCUGAGUUGUGUUCUUUACAAUAAACUGGUAAUCCAGUAAGUAAA